GAAGGCGUCGUGGAUGGGCUGCUCGUUGUCGAGUUGUCCCGUGGUGCAGCAGUGCUGUGGCUGCGUGCCCCUGCGCGCCGGAGUCGUCAUGGUUGCGCUCGCUGGCGCGCUGUGGGCGGCAGUGUUCAUCUUCUUGUUCACAGCGACCGGCAACAGUUGGUUGCUGAGUGUCGGCCUUCCUAAAUCGUUGGAAAAUGUCCGUUUUGUGCAUGGCGCGCUGGGAGUUGUGGUUUGUUUGUUCCACGUGUUGCUGCUGGCGGGCGCGGCGUGCGAGAGCGCGGCCCUGUGCGAGCUGUACGUGUGGUCCGCGGUCCCCUGCGGAGCGACCCUGCUCGCGUGCGGCUGCUGCCUCAGUGUCUCCGCGGCGCUGGGCUCCGCGCCACUCUUCGCGACGCUCUGCACGGGCUUCACCUUGUUCUACAUCGUGCUCACUCUUUACGUGGUCUCUCGUCGGCUACAGCCUACACAGUACGUCUGCGUCACGCGACACGCGACACGCGACACGCCCGACAAACCGCGAUGUGACUAUAAAAUGAGGUGAGGAGAGCAGUCCGUCGCCGGCGCUGCGGGACGUGCUUCAGAUCAUCCGCGAGGCCUGGACCGAGCCCACUUCGUUGUUCGAUCGCUGCGCGCCGCGCCCGAGCCGAGCCCGCUCCCCCGCCGCCGCCGCCCCCGCCCCCGCCCGCGCCGGCGCCAUGCUGUCCCGCGACGCGUCCCCCGGCCUGCUGCGGCGACGGUACUCCGUGCCCGAAACCAUCAUGAGGAGGUAUCGAGUGGUACAGCAGCGGACCGAAUGUGAAGAGAGCACGGCGGGCUCCGCGGGGUCGGGCUCCGGCGCGGGACGAGGUGUGUCCUCCGCCUGCGCCACGCCCCACCCGGCCCGCGACCGCGAGCUCAUGCGCAAGUCUGCUCUCCUGAGGCGGAUGUGGGGCCGCGCGCCUCCAGCCUGCUGCCGCUGCUGCUGCGACCAGCUGUCGGCGCGACCCUCGCGCUCCCUGGACGGAUCCCACGCCGAGCUGCGACCGCGCCGCGACCCCGUCCUCUCCGCUUCCACAUACCGCUCGCACGAGGCGAGGGGAAUUUCUUCCUGCGUCGACACUGUGACCGAUACAGAUGCUUGGCGCUCCGAAGAUCAGGCACCCUCUUUGCUGGACGAGACCGUCACGGCAGAGAUCGAAUCGGCUUCAGGGCUGCCCCCGAGCAGCGAGUCAGCGCCGAGGAUACCGUCAUCUAUUUCGACGAGCCUCAGUACGGGACAGAACACCGAGAUGUGUGUUGUUUCUCCCGCUGCCGACGCGCGCGGGACGCCACCUAUGCACAUCGAAAACGCUUUACUGUUAUCGAGUAAUACAUUAGUAGAUUCAGAGGCACCAUCACUAUCCGAAGUGCUGGAAAUAGUUGUGACGGAGACCUCGGAACCGAAGGUCGUUCCCUGUCUGCGCCCCGCCGCCCCAAGAUCUCAACCUACCACUCGCCUCGACAUCGACCGUUACGUCUCAGAUGUUCUGGUGGAGAGCUUGAACUCUCUGUCAGAUCGCCUGGAGUGCGUCACGGGUUCAGUAGAAGGCGACGGAAAGAUCAGUAUCGUUGAGAAAGAAAUAAAAGUGAGACUGCACAGUACCGGAGUGAACACCAUAGUUCACCUGAGCCCGACCUCCAAUCAUCAAAUAAUAUUUGGUAACGAGGAGCUGUGCGACGGCGCUGAGCGUGACGCCUGCAAUAACUUGCGCGGCUCCCCCCGCAUCCGGGAUGAUACCUCCUUUGAUGACGAACGAAACAACAACCGAGCUGCCUCGGCCGCCACUACACCUGCCCCCUCGUCCCCUUGUCGACGGUAUCACGACGAGACAUUCGGGGAGCUCUUACAGCACGAUAAUGUUAACAAAACGGUUUUGCAACAGAUUCAAAAAUUGUUCAAAGAAGAACUUCAGAGUCUCGGCGCCGGCCUCAGCUGUCCAGACAACGUCACGUCCGGUAUAUCACACAUUGAAAUCUCUAACGUAGACGUCUUCUUGGAUGAGAACGACGUACCCACCGUCGAGGUGGCUGACUCGAGUAACAGUCAUCAGCAGCACUCCGAGCUACAAGUGUUAAGCGGAGUCGGAACCGGCAGCUAUUUUGAAACAAGCGAGGGAGCCCUAGUGGUACCGCGCUUCUCAGCGCUACCCCACAGUGAUUCGAUGGAGGUGAACACCUCUUCAUCCGAAGAAGCCGAUCUCAUCGGUUCGGAUUGUACGAGUCUUGUCGACAGCCUCGACGACCCCAACUCGCCGCGGUCUGUUUUAUUGCGAAGAUCCUUCAACAACCGGAAGAGUGAGCUUGUGCGGUCCGCCCUCGACGUCCUAGACCUCUUGCCAGAGAGCACUCGGGACGAACGUAACGAUAAGCCUGAAUCAUUUUUUAUAAGAAUCAAAGAUGACAAUUGUGAAUGUGACAAAGAAAACUUUAACGUGGCCGACCGCAUGCCCGAGAAGAUAAGAGAGAGAUUGUUCCGUCGUCACCGACGCAGGCAGCUCCGGGCGGAGUGCGCGAGACGCAGCAGAGGGAAGCAGUUGCGAAUUGACGCGGACAACCAACAGAAAGACGAACCCUCCAAAACUAAAAGGGAGAUUGAAAGAGAAUGCGUUGCGAUCAUUAAUUCUCUUAUCGAUGAAGUGAUUGCAAAAAUUGCAAAAGAAGAAUUUAAAUGUGCACGCAUCAAAAGAAAAUCCGAACGCCGUGCGCCCACAAAAUGUGAGGAAAAUUCAUCUAAGAAGAAUCGCAAGAAGAAUUUGCGAUCUUCAGACCCAACACUAAGUGCUGCAGCGAAAGUAAGUCCGAAUAGAGUAGGUGUCGUCGGGGACAGUCGACAGACAGAAGAGAAACACAAAGUUCACGGGAAAUUAUCGCUAAUGACGCGCCCAGCUCUAAACCUCGUCGACGCUGCUCCAAGACGCAUCUACCAAAAGUCUGAGAUCCUCGAAGGCAACAAAUGUAUCGAAAUACUAGAAAUAGUUGAGUAUAUGAAUGACACACAGAGCAAUCCCGACACAGUCGUAUCUGAUGACAGCCCCGGGGGUGCGACUCGCGGCGGACGGAGAUCCCGCAUCCCGGUACCAGUACCCGAAAGGCAUCAGCGCUCAUAUCCAUCCGAACCGCGACGUAUAUCCAACAGCGCAGACAACUCGCCGGCGUCUCCACAGGAUGCACAUACAGAAGACCCACUCAGCGGGGGCCGGCGGCGUCGUGCGAGCGAUGGAGAUCUGAGAACAGUUGGUGUGGACCCUCCGACUUCGCGACGAGUUUUUUUCCCACCUUCGAUGGACAGUAGGCCGCGCUCCGAUUCUUUAAGAUUUCAUCGAGUUUUCGACAUCAUCCCUGAGGAGCGCAGCAGUCUUAGCGUGGACUCGUCACCAGAGGUGGAGCGUGUAUCCACGACCUCAUCCGUCGCGGCCCCUCACCCCUCACCUGCACCCCGCACGAGAUCGGUGGCCACGUCGCCUCUCGGGGCAGGGAGUGUGGGGGUCGCGGCACCCCUAAGAGUGAAAGGCGGGGACAGACCACGGAGAGCGCGCGUCUGGGCACCAAUAAGUCGUCGCGAAGAAGGUACCCGUCUCACAUGCGCACCUCCCCUGCUCCGGCACCGCACCGCUUCCUCAGUCCCCGUAGAGUAGUGGCUGUACCUCGUCUCCUUCGACACUAACCGUUUACACGACAACGUGAUUGUAAGCCCAGUGACAACUUCUCGUUUAAAGCUUCAACAGCUGUAUGUAAUAGUAAAGUUUUACGAGAGCAUCUUGAAUUACAUUUAUGGCACGGUACGAUUUUGAUUCUUGUUCACAAAUCACGCUAGACGUUCAAUCUGUUUAUGUAAAUGUAAUAAAAUUAUAAUUACA